CUGUCCCUUGUCAUUCCCUUAUAAAUUACACAUAUGGAACUCCUAGCUUGCUCUUUGUUUUAGAUGAUUAGUCGUAAACCGUGUUUAAUUAGGCGUAUGUGUUAGAAAACCCGGGUCUAAAUUUCGGAUGUGAGCUAUCUGGUCCCAUGAUAAAAUUAGGAAGCAGAGGGAAGGAAUCUAGUAUAGUUAGAGCCAAUUGUUUGCAAAAACAGCAAACAGUUAAUGGAAUAGUUUGGUAUCCAUAUUGGAUUCAAUUUCUUUGGUUUCUGAAACCAAUUAUUACUAAUAACGUAGUUACCUUAAUCAUUUCGAAAACUAUGAAUUAUUUUCCGAAUUGAAUACCAAACAACUCCAUAUAUUCCUGGCAAAUACUGCUCGAGCCACCCUACAACUCUUAAGAUUGUUCAUGUUUUUGUCAUUUUGAUCCUUUGUUGUUUUUUUUUUUUUUGGAAAAAGAUCCUUUGUUGUCACCAUGACCAUCUAGCCAACCCUUUUGUUUGCUCCUCACACUGGAAUUUUUUUUCUUCUAAAUUCUCGUUUUACAUGCUACAAAUGGUUAAAUAAAAGUUUAUAAAACGCAUGUCAAACGCUAUAUUUUUGUUAGAAAAUACACCUAACCUACCAUACAACUCUACAAUUCCACCGAAAACGUGAGUCACCCUUUGUUGACUUCGAUGAUUUUAAUCUAAGUGCAGAGGGAUUUAGCUAUAUACAACUCCAAAAUUAAGUCAAUUUUUCUAAUAAGGUGGCUUAUCUGUUCGACAACCAAUACAUAUUUGGUGACGAGACCGCUAUGCAAAGCUGACCAUAAAAAUAGUUACAGACUUGGCCUCCAAAACUUUCCAUUGACUAUAAGCACUCCUAAUUAAAUUAACGCUCCAAUAGAACCUUCUAUUUUUUACUACUAAAAACAAAAAACAUAUAAACUAAGAUUUAACCUAACGUUAACUUGGUCGUAUUUCCCCACCUAUUUUGUCUUCUCAGUCGUCCUUUGCAGAUGACGAUAAUUCCACGUUCAUCUCCUUCAUUUUUCAGCCACUUUGAAUACCUAUCUCUCUCUCUCUCUCGCCAUGGAAACACAUCCCUAUCCCUUCCAAAACAUCUCUUUACUCCUUGUGAUCACAACUACCAUAUGCCUUUUCCAUGUUCGAAAUUCUUCGGCUGUGGAUGACGAUCGAUACCUCAACUGCAGCACGUCGUUCCAAUGCGCAAAUUUUCGGGAUGUUCCUUACCCUUUUUGGGGAUCAAGCCGGCCAGAUUAUUGUGGCUUCCCCGAUUUCAAGCUCAACUGCAGCGGAGAUGCCCCCGUGAUCUCAUUUGAGGGCCAAGAUUAUCGAGUCCUCGAUAUAAACCAAUCUACAAGUACUCUACGGGUUGCUAGAACGGACUUUUGGAACAACCUUUGUCCACUGUCACUUGCCAAUACCACCAUAAAAUCAAGCCAUAUCGAAAAUACUUCGGAUGCUCAAGAAGUACUUCUGUUCUACGAUUGUCCACCAAUUUUCAUUCCUCUUCCAAAUCAGCCCACAGGUCAGUUCAAUUGCAUCGUAAACAGUACGGCCACUUCCAUUAAUUACUUUGUCACAAAUUUAGAGCUGCCGAAUAUUAGUGGUUACUGCAACACGACUGUCACUGCCCGCGUUUCUCAAUCCGUAGCUGCGGAUUUAGGGUUGAAUUCGUCCAAGGAUAAUCUGGUUGCUGCACUUGAUUCCGGGUUUGGGUUGAAGUGGGAUGCAAGUAAUACCUUGUGUGGCCAAUGUCAGGUGUCUGGGGGUCAGUGUGGGUACAAUAUAUCUUAACUGAAUUCACCUGCUUCUGUAAGGAUGGACCUAAUCCCUCAAGAUGUGAAGG